GUUAAUGCUGCCAAACAGCGGACGCGUUAGCACGCGCGCAGCCGACGGGACUGUCGUGCGCUUGCUCACGUUUGCCGAGGAAUAAAACGCGGUAGCCGAAAGGUGCAUCACAUCUCGUUUCCAUGGACAACACGUCCAUAAUAACACAGGUUGCAAAUCCGAAAGAGGAGGAGAGCAUUUCUUCAAGUCCAGAUAAAGUCUCCCAGUCCAACAGCAGCCUGAAGAAGCAUCGCAGCCGGAGCAUUUUCAGCCCUUUCUUCUGCUGCUUCCGCAACUACAAUGAGUACCACGUUGAGACACCGCCCGCCAACAACAAGACACUUUCUCUGCCCACGCCGCCAGAGGAGAACGGCAGUCCUCCCAAGUGUGACCAGGUCCAGGUCAUCCCCAUCCCCAGUCCUCCAGCCAAUUUCCUUCUGCCAGAGGUCAGUAUAGAUGACUACGGCAAGAACUGUGUGGUGAUCGACCUGGACGAAACCCUCGUACACAGCUCCUUCAAGCAAGAGAGUUGUGUGGGAAAAUAG